AUGAUAAGGGCAUACCCAGAAGGUCUCCUUCAAACUCCUGUAAUAGGGGAAAGGGCAGAGUGUGAUUACAGCAGGUCUCCCUGGCUGUUUGCACUGUUCAGCAUUAGACAGGCAGAGAAUUUAAACCACUUGGGUAUCAUCAAGGAGCACACACUUAUCAGGCUGAUCACAGAUGGACUCCCAGCAUGCUGGGAUUCCCAGCUCUUCAUUAAGGAUCUUCAUUUUGAUGGGGUACCCAUAAGGAUUUACCUCCCAAGGGAACCAUCUGCCAGCAAACGGAGAGGAGUUGUCUUCAUCCAUGGAGGAUGCGGCAUUUUCGGAAGCAUCAGAAGUUAUGAAAGAAUAUGCCGGUACAUAGCCAGAAAAUCUGAUUCAGUGGUCGUGUCUGUUGGGUAUCAUUUAGCACCUGAGCACAAGUAUCCAGCCCAGGUUCUGGAGUGUCUCACUGCGACCGUGCACUUCCUGAAGACUGCAGAGAGCCACGGGGUGGACCCCGCUCGGAUUGUUGUUUGUGGGGACAGUGCAGGGGGCACGUUUGCUGCCUGUGUUUGCCAAGAUCUGGGGCACAGGACAGAUAUCCCAAAGAUUCGGGCCCAGGUGCUGAUCUAUCCCUAUCUGCAAGCACUGAACUUCAAUCUGCCAUCUCACCAGAAAAAUGCUGCCGUUGCCUUCCUGUCCCGGGAGCGCACGGUCCAUUUCAUUCUCAAAUACCUCAACAAGGACUGCUCCCUGAAGGAACCGAUUCUGGCUGGUUCUCAUGUUCCUGAGAGUAUAAAUUUGAAAUAUAGGAAAUGGAUAAGUCCAGAUUUCAUUCCAGAUGAGUUUAAACUGGGCUAUAAACCACCACUCCCCACUUUGUUUUUACCUCAAGUCCACGAAGAAGUGCAAGAACUGUUUGAACCCCGGGUCUCCCCGCUGCUGGCAGAGGAUGCUGUUAUUUGUGGUGUCCCUGACACCUGUAUUGUCACCUGUGAGCACGAUGUGCUCAGGGAUGAAGGGCUGUUGUACAAGAAGCGCUUAGAGGACAACAACGUACGCGUGACCUGGCACCACGUGGAAAAAGGCUUUCACGGUGCACUGGGCUUUUUUGGAUAUGGUUUGUUCUCUUUCCCAUCAUCAAGUACUGUGAUGAACCAUGCUGUAGACUUUAUAAAAGGCUAUUAA